AUGUUAAUAGGAGAGACUGAAUCAAUCCAGAAGGAGACCGAGAUGUUGAUCAAGAAGGCUUUAGAUCUCAUCCUGGAUGAAGAAGAUGAUGAACAAGUUGAGGAAGGUAGUUUAGAAGAACUUCAUAAAGGUGUUAAGAUCAUAGAUUUUGAACUUGAUAAAAAGUAUUUGUAUGAUGACCUAGUUGAUACUAAGCCGGUAGUUAUACCAGAUGAUGAUACCAGUGAUGUUGAUGCCACUAAUAAUUUUGAUAACACUGCUGAUAAUAUAGAUGUUUUUGAUGUUUAUGUACAAAUGUUUGAACAACAUGAGCAACAGAAGGAACAAGUUGAAAACAAAGAAGAGAGAGCAGAAGACAAAAGCACAAUUGAGCAACCGGUGAAUGCACGGUCUACCAUUACUCAGACCAAACCGAUAAUUGUAAAUGCAGAUAUAAAUGUAAUUGUUGCUAUUGAUGACAACCAGAUGGAUAAGACUGAUGAAAAGAAGGCAGAGGAAGCACCGGCAAAGGAACAAAAUGUUGAAGAUCAAUCACCACCGGAUAAAGUAAUCACAAAAGAAGAAAAGACAGAAAAGGAGAAGAUUGAUAAGAAGGAGGAAGAGGAGAACAAAAAAGAGGAGAAGAAGGAUACAUUAUCUCCUAGUUUAAAGAAGAAAAUAAUAAUUGAUGAUGAUGAUAAUGAUGAUGAUGAUGAUUCGAUGAGCAUUAAAGUUCCUAUUGACAUGGAUAGUUUGAGUUCCUCACAACUAAUGGAGAUUGCACAAGCCAUGCAAUCUAGAGCACAUAAGAAGACACUAAAGGAACAACGAAAGGAAGCAGAGACCUUGAGGACAAAAGUUGAAAUUUUGUCUAGUCUCCUACUGAAGACUGAUAUUGAGAAUCUUGUUACUCCGAUGGACAAGCUUGGUCAGUUAGUUGUUGAUGUCGAUGAUCAACUUAAAACCUUUGAAUAG